AUGGGGGAGCAGGAACUUAAAGCUGCUGCUGACAGCGUCUUAUCUGAAGUGAGGAAGAAACAAGCAGAUACCAAGAGGAUGGUGGAUAUCCUGCGCUCCUUAGAAAAGCUGAGGAAGCUGAGGAAGGAGGCUGCUGCAAGGAAAGGUGUUUGUCCGCCUCCCUCCGCAGAUGAAGCGUUUGAAAGUCAAGUGGAGAGUCUCAGAAAGUUGCUGAAGAACCGAACAGAGCUGUAYGAGGCUGAAGAGCGGGCACUGAGGGUCAUGUUGGAGGGGGAACAGGAGGAAGAAAGGAAGAGAGAAAUGGAAAAGAAGCAGAAGAAGGAAAGGGAAAAGCUUCUCCAGCAAAAACGUGAAAUUGAUUCCAAAUUGUUUGGGGAGCCAGAUGAAUUUCCCCUAGUCCAUCUAUUGCAACCCUUCAGAGACUAUUACUUACAAGCUGAACAUUCUGUAGCAGCUCUAAUCCAGAUCAGGCACGAAUGGGAUCAGUACUUGGUGCCAGCGGAUCACCCUGAAGGAAGCUGCAUCCCUCCGGGCUGGGUCCUUCCAAGUCUCCCUUCCAGUGACACCUGGGCCACUGCUGUCAGAUAACUUAUCAACAAACCAUUUUCACCUUGUAGCAAUGCUCCCUGUGGCUGUGUGUGUAUUUGUGAGAGGAAGGAGGGUCCAAAGAAGAAGUAAUGUCCUUGGGCCCUGUUUCUGGUUGUUAAGUGUCUAGCCAGGUACUGGAAUUCCUUGAAUAAAGCUGCUAAAUAAAUGUUUUUGCCUUCUGGAUCUGCAGGGAAAUACCUGAGCAAGUACGAAGCUGUUAGACAUGCUGUGGUUUGGAAGUGCAGUCCCGCUGCGCGCUUUGCUAACAACUCUGGGUCUUAAUAAAGUAACGCUGCUGACAAAGUUAUUUGUACCAAUAUUAGCAUACUGUUUUUAGCCACUUUUAUUUUUAUAAGCCUKAAUCAAGAUGAUGAAAUCUCCAGAAGAAGAAAAAAUCAUUAAUAAGAAUGAUAUUUUGCUUAUUAAAUGAAGCAUGUCAGGCAUCACUCUCAGAGUAAUUGCUGUGUU